UUUGUUAUUUACCCAAAGUUCCAUUUUGUUGAUUACCAUUUUGUCUCUAAAUUUUCUUCCAUGUUUCUUUUAAAUAUAAAAUUUUUCUUUCUUUCUUUCUCUCUUCUUUCUUUGAAUUUAAAAAUGCCCUUUUAUGAGUGUGUUAUUUAUUUUACACGUCUAAAAAUUUUUUAUACGUCUUCCCAAUGCCUCCUCUCUCGAUUACCUAUAAAAUGGAUAGCCAAGACCCCAGCCAAGACCCUCUCAAUCAGUCUUCUUAAAUGUAUUUUUCUUUAA